AUGUUAUUUCAACAAUUAAGUUUUAAUAAUCCAACACAGAAGGUUGAUAAUAAUAAUACGCCUAAUACUACUUCAUUACCUUCAUUUAGUGAAUUAUUAAUUUCUAUACCUUCAUUACCUUUAGAUUUCAAGAAGCAAAUAAUUACAUCCCCGCCAAUACAAUCAAAUAAUAAUUAUAUAUAUUCAAAGCCUUUAAAUCAUCAUCAAUCACAUCAGUCACAUCAUUCACAUCAUUCACAUCAUUCUCAACCAUUCUCAAAUCGAUUACCGACUCCACCUUUAUCUUCAACAAAAACUCAAUUUGAUCUCGCGCAAGUAAGAGAAAUUAAAGAAAGAGAUCCGAAAAGAAAACACGUUUGUAAAGUUUGCACUCGAUCUUUUACAACUUCAGGUCAUUUGGCUAGACAUAAUAGAAUACAUACUGGUGAAAGAAAACAUCUUUGUCCUUGGCCAACAUGUAAUGCAAGAUUUGCUAGACAAGAUAAUUGUAUGCAACAUUAUAAAACUCAUACCAAUGGUAAAAACAAAAGAAGAAGUAAUAAUGUAAACAACAAUAAUUAUACAUUAGAGCAUAGAUAUGAUUCAAAGGCUUUAGUUUAA